AUGAACAGUCAUCAGGAUUAUACUUCUCUGUUAGAAAAUAAUUUAACAAUAAAAUUAAAUGAUACGACAACAGCAUCAAUUCUAUCGUCGACAUUACCUAGUCAAAUCGCAUUUGUAUUAUUUCCGUGUAUGGUAUUAACCGGUGUUAUUUGUAAUACACUUAUUUUUGUCAUCAUGCGACGUCGACGUAUGUCUCAUCUAUCUACAUGUUAUUAUAUGGGUAUCUUAGCAAUUGCUGAUACAAGUGUUCUUCUUCUUGGUUUAUCUGUAAUGUGGCUUUAUUUCGUAAAUAAAAAAUGGUCAUUAUUAUUACAAUCAACAUAUGGCUGUAAACUUCUUUCACUUUUAUUCUAUACAGUAUCCGAUACAAGUGUAUGGAUCGUUUGUAUGAUGUCUGCUGAUCGUUGUAUAGCUGUCACACGUCCAUUACAUGCUAGUUCAAUAUGUACUGUAAAACGUGCAAGAAUAUCUGUUUGUAUACUUGUCAUAUGUAUUCUAUUAAUAAAUAUACAUUUUGUAUUUACACAUUAUCUAUCAUCGGAUAAUGAUUGUACGACACAUGAACGUUAUGAUUUUUUUAUUCGUCGCGUAUGGCCAUGGAUAGAUGCAGCUGUCUAUUCAGCAUUACCAUUUAUAUUAUUAUCAACAAUAAAUUUUAUUAUUGUACAUAGUUUAUUUCAAGCACGUCAUGCAAGAUCUAAAUUACAAAUCUAUCAAUCACAAAGAAGUCGAAAUAAAAAUAAAUUAUCAACAUCAAUGUCAAGAAAACUGACAACAAUGCUUUUAGCUGUAACUAUCUUUUUUUUGUUGACUUCAUUUCCAAUGGUUUGUUUACAACUCUAUACAAAUAUACAUCAACAACAUAAUAGUCUAUUUGCUCAACUAUAUCUUAAACCAUUAUGUGAAACAUUACAAUAUUCAAAUCAUUGUAUUAAUUUUUUUCUUUAUGCUAUAACGGGUAAAGCAUUUCGUCAUGAACUUAAACGAUUAUUUCAUAGUAUUGCACUAAAAAUGCAUUUAACAAAAAAAACAAUCGAUACACCUAUGGAUCGACGUUAUCUCGGACAUACAAUAAAACGUCAAUUGAGUGAUAAUACUAUAACUCAACGACGAAUAUCAACGGCUACUAUUCAACUUUUACGAUGUCGGAUAUCGCUUGAUUCAUAUGCAAGCAAUGGUAUUAAUAUUAAACGUCAUGUUUAA